AGAUUAUUAGAUUGAUUAAUUGUCAUCACCAUCAAAUUAAGAAACAAUAUUAUUAAGAUGACAGGCACUGGUUCCCCUUGUGGUGCUUGCAAGUUUUUGAGAAGAAAAUGUAUUAAAGGAUGCAUUUUUGCUCCUUAUUUUUGCUAUGAACAAGGUGCUACUCAUUUUGCAGCUAUUCACAAGGUUUUUGGGGCUAGCAAUGUAUCUAAACUCCUUGCUCAUAUACCCGUAGGUGAUCGUGGUGAAGCCGCGGUCACCAUCGCUUAUGAAGCUCAGGCUAGACUUCAAGAUCCAAUUUAUGGUUGUGUUUCACACAUAUUCGCUCUCCAACAACAGGUUGUCAAUUUACAAGCGCAACUUGCUUCUCUCAAGGAACAAGCAGCAGCUCAAAACUUGCAAAAUGGUUCCAAUUAUGCAAACCCUAAUUAUGACAAAUUUCAAGAUGUUCAAAGUUGGUUUCAUCAGUCUGAAAAUCCAAGCACUAUGCCCCAAUUUGAUCAUUCUAGCUUGACCAGUAACAAUAAUAUUGGAUCAUCAACCCAAUAUUAUGGAAGUGAAAACAAUUACAUCAUGACAUCAAGUAAUUACCAUAUGGGGAAUAAUUAUGAGAAUAUUAAUUUGGUGAUUCCAAAGGAAAAUAUGUCAAGUUUUGAAGAAGGUGGAUCUUGCUCAGUGGAUUCUUCUUUUGACAUGCAAAAAGAUCAUUACAACAACAGGCAAUGGACAUUUCAAGAUGAUGCAGAUGAUCUUCAAUCAGUGGCCUUCAGAUAUCUUCAACAUACUUGAGUACUACUACUACUAUUCAAUUUAGGGUGAAGAUUAAUUCCUCUGUCAAUUUUGUAUUGCUAAAAGAGCCUUUUAUGACAUGACAUAUCUGCUAGAAACCCUAGAAAAUGCUCAAAACCAUCAUAAGCCUAUUGUUCUGCCCACAAUUAUUUCACCUUAGGUCAUGUGUAACCUUGGAUAUAAGUAGAAUAUUUGUAGUAUAUUUUAAUAAAUGAUCUGCCUUUUAUUAGUACUCCCUAAUUUGGCUUUUCAGAGGACCUAUCCAGAUUAGACCUUGUAAAUCAUAGACCUUAUAAUCAGUGCAUACAGAAACCUAAAUGUUUCUGUAUAUGCUAUGCUUUCCUUUUUUGUAGUGUCUUAGAAGUUCAGUUCAGAAUAUAUACCACUUGGAUGCUUCUCAAGACUUUAAUUUGUUGUAGGGCUUUAU